AUGGAAGUGCGCUUUCUGCAGCUUGGUGCUGGUCUUCUGCUUCUGCUAGCGGCACAGCCUGCCCCUACCACUGCGCUUCCUAGUCCUCAAUGCCAAAAGAAGUGUGGCAACGUUGAGAUACAGUACCCGUUCGGCAUCGGCUUGGAGUGCUCACUGGCACCAUACUUCAACGUCAGCUGCAGGGUGCAAGAAGACGGCAUCUCCAAGCCGUUCAUCAGUGAUGAUUUGGAGCUGCUCGAUACUUCACUGACUCGAAGCACGAUCCGGGUGCUCAACAACAUCGCGACAUACUGCUACAAUGCCUCCGGGCUCUUGGAGGCCAAUUUCUGGGGGUUCGACGCAAGCCCUACCCCCUACCGCUUCUCAGACAUCCUUAACAAGUUCAUCGUCAUCGGGUGCAACACAAUUGGGUUCAUCUCUGACAGCGACGACAGCAAAGACCGGAGCUACCUGAGCGGGUGCAUCUCGACAUGCAGCAAGGUGUCUGACCUGACGAACGGCUCCUGCUCAGGCGCGGCCGCGUUCAACUUCAGCACCACUUACAUCAACACGUUCAACGAAACAAAUGCAGGUGGGCAGGUACCCAUGGUGCUAGACUGGGCGAUAAGAAACGAGAGCUCCUGUGAGGUGGCCAGACGGAACAAGACAGGCACAUACGCAUGCCUCAGCAGUAACAGCGAGUGUGCAGAUUCAUCCAACGGGCCAGGGUACGUGUGCAGCUGCUCCAAAGGGUACGCAGGCAACCCUUAUCUUCCAGGUGGAUGCCAAGAUUACGAUGAAUGUAAAGACAGCUCAUCGUGCCCUUCGGGUGGCAUCUGCCGCAACACGGAAGGAGGAUACCAGUGUUCGUGUCGAGCAGGAAGGAAGUUUUCUGAUAAGAACAAAACAUGUGACCCUGAUACGGGCCUAAUAAUAGGAGUUACAGUUGGCUUUCUUGUUCUCAUGAUUUUCUCCUUCUCCGGGCAAAUGAUCCUCCAAAGAAGAAAACUGAAAAAAGUUAAGCAAGAACAUUUUCGACAGCAUGGUGGCAUGCUUUUAUUUGAGAGGAUGAAGUCAGAAAAUGGUCUUGCUUUCACGGUUUUUACGGAACGUGAACUUAUACAUGCCACAAACAACUACGAUAAGAGUAGAGUCAUUGGAAAAGGGGGCCAUGGGAUGGUCUACAAAGGGAUAGUUAAAGACAACAUGCCUAUUGCAAUUAAGAGAUGUGCACUUAUCGACGAAAGGCAAAAGAAGGAAUUUGGUCAGGAACUGCUUAUACUAUCUCAGAUCAAUCACAAGAACAUUGUAAAACUCGUGGGCUGUUGCCUUGAGGUGGAAGUUCCAAUUCUAGUCUAUGAGUUUAUCCCAAAUGGCACACUGUUUGAACUUAUCCAUGGCAAGAACCAAGCACUACAAAUCUCUUUCAGCUCCCUUUUAAGGAUUGCUCAUGAAGCAGCUGAGGGACUCAAUUUCCUGCACUCAUACGCAUCUCCUCCAAUCAUUCAUGGCGACGUGAAGAGCGCCAACAUCCUUCUUGACGGUAAUUACAUGGCAAAAGUGUCAGAUUUUGGAGCCUCCAUACUCGCUCCAUCCGACAAAGAGCAGUAUGUCACAAUGGUUCAAGGCACUUGUGGCUACCUUGACCCCGAGUACAUGCAGACAUGCGAACUGACAGAGAAAAGCGAUGUCUACAGCUUCGGCGUUGUCCUUCUGGAGGUCCUCACCGGCCAGGAACCUCUGAAGUUGGAUGGACCUGAGACGCAAAGAAGCCUGUCAUCAAAUUUCUUAUCCGCUAUGAAGGAGAACAAUCUUGACGCGGUGUUGCCGAACCACAUAAAGGGGCAAGAGAGCGCUGAAUUGGUCAGAGGGCUUGCGGAACUAGCAAAGCAUUGCCUGGACAUGUGUGGCAGCAACAGGCCGUCCAUGAAGGAAAUUGCCGACGAGCUCGGCAGAUUGAGGAAGCUCUCCCUGCAUCCUUGGGUACAGCUCGAAACGGAGGAGACCCGAAGCCUUCUUAGCGGGACAUCAACCGCUAGCUUUGGAAUGGAAACUGCUACAGCUGGCUAUCCUACACAGGAAGGUGACAACGUCCCUAUGAACCCAAGAAGUUCGUAUUAUGCGAGGUGAGGUGGCUGAAA